UGCCUCCUGAGACAUGCGCUUUCGAUUUAAGCACGAUUCAGCAUCAACUGUGUGCACUUGUGCACGAUGUAGCCAAGAUCGUGGAAGAUGAUACUUUGACACCACCUUACAUCAUUGAUCUAGGCGCGUACUCGUGGAAUGAGGAGAAAUUCCCAACCAGCGCAGCACACCUGCAGACGAUGUCUGACACCCCAAUUUCCGGCCGAUGGCCCAGCCAUAAUUCAGACGCCGGCCGACAAAUAGUCAUUCAACAUAAUAUCCAAUCUCCAGCUAAUUCUGCGAGUGUUAAUUUUCCUGAAAGUCACUUUUUGGCCAACGUCGGGGGUGUCUUGAUAAACUUUGUAUUCUUGCCUGAAAGGCACCUGGACCAGGAGCUUGACUCCGUACAUGUUAUUGGGUGCACUCACCGCUUUACUUGGGAAUCACUUCAUGCAUGCGAUCAAGAGCUUGUGGAGUCCAGGAAGAUAGUACUUUCAGAUAAUGGUCGACCGAAACGGUAUGAGCUCCUGCAAGAAGAGGAAGGGCGGUUCAAGGGCAAGGUCCAGUGGAAAAGGGAUGGGACCACCGAUACGAACAGCAAUAUUUUCGAGAAUCGAGCGAGCGAGACGGACAACGUUCGACCCAAAGAUGAAGGCGUAGGUCAUAACGUCGAUAUACAUGGUGACGAGGGAAACGAGAACGAUGAUAAUGAGAACGAAGGUAAUGAGGAGAAGCCGGAGGACGGACGCCCAGAGGAGAAUCCUUCCGACGAACAAGAUAGUGAACAGGAGUUGAUUCCACCAACUGAUCGCAACUCUUGGUCGCUAUCAAUUAUUCUAUUUAUGACUAGUUCUGUCUUGAUCAUUGGAACGAGGUUGUUCUAUGCCCGAUUGCGGGGGCUGCUCAGGUCACGCCUGAAACCAAAUCGCUUUCGCGUUGGUGAAACCAUGCUCUUGCGCUGGGCGCGUGAAGAUAUGAACUUCGAUGACGAGGAAGAGGAUACCAUGGUCAACGGGAGCAAUGGUGUCAUCGCAGGCGAGGAUAUUCCAUUGAAACCUAGUCCUAGAAAGAACUUCAUCAUCCAGUACGGUAGUGCGCAAUGAUGUCAAAUGACCAAGAAAUUUCGAACCAUGCCAGGG